UGAAGUGAUGUUUAGCAAGUAGGAAUUAUUAAGCUUUACAGGUGUAAACAAACCUAUCAGAAAUCUUACGUUUGUGACUUUUAGUGAGCUUGGCUUUGUAUUUUGAUGGUGUAGGAUGGAUGACUGGGCAGAUAUUUCAGUAUAUGUGUGCAUGUUGUAAAUAUUGGAUUACUACUCUACCUGUAAAAAAGCUGUGAGUUAAUCACUGUAGUUUUAAGACCAACAGACGUCAUAAAUUACUCAACAUUUCUAGCGUACCUGACUAAAGCAUUGUCUUAAGAAUUUCUGUAAUGAUGGGAUGUGACUUAAAAUAGGUUUAAUAUCAAGUACAAGAUGUCAGUGGAAGGUUCUCUUGAUUAAUUAGACAAUGAUUUAGUGCUGAAUAUCACAAACACGACUUUACCUCGGUCAGAUUUAGCAUUGUGUUUUACAUUAAGAUCAUUUGAAGGAGAAUUUAUCCCAUUGACAAGUAACAAUACCAGAAAGUAACUACUGGUUUAAGAAAAAGGAGUUUAAAAUGUGCAUCUAGUGCUUCAUUCUCCAUAUAUUUGUGACUGGUAACAAAAUCAAAAGGGAAAUGGGUAUUUUUAGUUUUGAGUCAAUGUUUUCGGACACACUCACUAUAACAAAAAAGAAGAUUUUUCAAGAAGAGUCUACUCAUCAUUCUAUAGCACAAGGUACUGGGAGCAGUGAUCUCUCUUCCUUGAGGUCCGACUGGCCGCUACAUUUUCAUAAAGUUCAUGGUGAAAAUGUGAGGUUGAGUGCUGACAAGACCCGUGCCACAAGAGUUGAGAGUUUUUGUAAAGGCAUAUGCUUCAGUAAUAGACCAAUAGCCGUCAAUGAAAAAGUUUAUAUCAACUUUGCUGAAGUAUCCACAAGCUGGAGUGGUGUUUUACGGUUCGGGUUCACAGGAACGAAUCCGGACACCUAUAAUCCAGCAGAACUGCCCCGAUAUGCAUGUCCUGAUCUCACAAACAAACCUGGAACAUUUGCUAAGGCUUUAUCUGAACGUUUUGCUAAAACAAAUACUGUGAUGUGUUUUUUCGUAACUCGUAGCGGUGAUGUUAUGUUCAGUGUGAAUGGUGAAGAUAAGGGUCUGUUUUUUAAUGGAGUCAACACAAAUGGUCCUCUGUGGGCCCUUUUAGACAUCUACGGCAACACGAUGUCAGUGGAAUUUCUUCACAGACCUGAAGCAGCGCCUGUUUUAAACAACAUGGUAGGAACAUCAUCAACAGUCGAGUCAGCAGAAUUAUUUCAGUCUAUCCAAUCUUUAUCGAUAGACGAUUCUUCUCCUGCAAUUCGAUAUCAUGCAAACGUAGACCUAGUCCCAAUGACAUUUCAUAACAUGUGUGGUAAAAACCUUUAUUUAAACCGUGACAUGACAAUAGCCACACGAACAGUCGAUGAAUAUUGUAAUGCAUAUGCAUUUACUUCACGGCCUUUACAUUGUGGAGAAAAAAUUGUAAUACAAAUAUUGAACAUUGAGCAGUUAUAUGUUGGAGGGAUAGCUUUCGGAUUAACGGUAUGUGAUCCGGCAACAUUAACAGGGGACGAUUUACCAGAUGAUUCUGAUUGGUUAUUAGAUCGUAAAGAAUAUUGGGUGGUAAAUAAAGAUAUUUGUCGUAAACCGGAUGUAGGAGAUGAACUAAGUUUUUAUCUUACAAGUGAAGGGGAAGUACGAUAUUCCAGAAAUAAUCAUAAAGUGGCAACCUUGAUGCAUGUUGAUAGAAAUCUACCACUCUGGGCAUUCUUUGAUGUCUAUGGCAAUGUUCAGAAAAUCAGAUUACUUGGAUCAACAGUACCUGGUGCCCAGUCUAGAUUACCCAGGUCACGAUCAGCUUCUAGUUAUUCAUCAUUAACGGUGGCCUUACCGCCUCGACCACCGCCACCAGCAUCGCUCGCUCAAUCAACAGCGACGUUACCCUCCUCUGGAAUUUCGUAUCCUAUGCUGCCACUACAGCCGCAAGUUCUACGAAGCCUUAGUGUGCCAGCAGCCACCUCACAAUCUGCAAGUCCUAUUAAUAACUAUCAGUCACAAUUAUCGGUUGUCUCCCCUUCGCCAUCUCAACCAUUAACCCCUUCCCUCCCAUCUUCUUCAAUACCCUCUACACCCGAUACAUCCAUGGACACUCUGUUUUCGGACGACAGUAUACAGGAGUGUUCUGUUUGUUGUGAAAGACAAGUCAAUUGUGUACUUUAUACUUGUGGACAUAUGUGCAUGUGUUAUGAUUGUGCCAUUGUUGUUAAACGAGAAAAAGGUGGACUAUGCCCUAUCUGUAGACAGACUAUUAAAGAUGUGAUAAAAACAUAUAGAUCUUAAGGACACUAAUAGAUCUAACUGAGAAACUAUGAAACUUUUCAUCGGGACACAUACUCAAGUUUGAAUUGCUUAAUUUCAAACUCAUAUUUGCAAGCCUGGAAAUAAGGCACCUGUCACAGACAAUGUUAGACACAGAUUCAGGCUUUGACAGGCACUAAACCUCUGGUGCCUGUCAUUUUGUCUGGCACUGAUUUGCCUUUUUUAUUGAUAUUAUUAAUACAUGUCCAGCACUAAGUUGAAAAUGUCAGGAACUAUUUCAUUAGUUCCUGACAUUUUGUCAGGUAAUCUAAAACUGUUACUCCAAGCCUGCAUAUUUGCUCCCUUUUAACACAAUUUGCUUUGCAGAAUGAAGAUAUGAUUAAAAAACUCAAUUCUUUGGGUAGAGACUCGACAAAGACCUAAUAAGUCUCCAGUCUAAUUAAAAUUAUACCAGCAGUUCGAUCUCUUUUAUUGUUUGGUUUUUUACUCAAUUUCAUCUCUAAAAUCUUAUGUUUGCACUGAUUGUGGUUCUAGCAAUCAAAACCUGCGAAACAGAAAAUUCUAUGAAAUGUUUCGAAUGGCUUGGAUUAUCCAGACAUUUUAUUAGCUGUUUAAUAACGUUUAUAUGUACUAUUAAAUGAUAUUAGCCGUCAUCUUGGGGCCCAAAAUGCGUUGUUUUUUUUCUUAAACAUGAGGUUGUUGAGCGACGAUCCAAAUCAUUGGAAAGAAAGUAGAAACUUUCUAAAGUUUUAAUUAGAUUGGGAAGUUUCGUGAAAGUGGUCAGAUCGCCACGUUUAAUUUGGGUUCUGUUUUCUUUUAGUAUUGUUUUAUGGUGCCCGUUAAACUUGUAAAUAAAGAUAAUAUACAUGUAUAUAAUAUUAUAGAGAAUAUAUUAUAGUAGAUUAUUUUGUUUUAAUGUGAAUCACCAAAAUAAUAAUUAUAUCAUUAAACAAAACUAUGCAUUACACAUACUUAUUAUUAAUGUUUAUUUCAAAUAAUUAUAUUCCAGCACUCUUUAUACAUGUAUAUAAUAGUUUGUACAUUUUUCGUAUAAACCGCAAUUCUCAAAAUGUUCUCAGAGUAAUUUAGUUCAUUCUUCACUGCUUUCUAUCAACUGAUACAUAUUGUAACACAAUAUUCUACUCCACAAUAGAUACAUGUACAAGAUAUUACAUCAAUUAAUAUAUGAUCUAGAGGCACUAUUCAUCAUAGAUUUUCUUAUCAAUUUUGAUAUUUCUGUCUUUUUCAAGUGGGGUUCACAUAGUCAGGCAGCCAGGGUUCAAUUCCUUGCAUUGGUCAAGCCCAGUUGUCAGAGGUGGCUAUAGAAAUUAUGCCUAGUCAUUCCGAUGGUACAAAAUUGAGGGACACCAUGUACACAUUAGCGGUCAUGUUAAUGUAACCUUUGCAGAUAAAAUUCAAGGAAGAGUGGGGAGAAAUGCUGCUUUCCUGUCAAAAUUCCCCAUCUUGCAUUUCACACAUUGUGUUGAACCCCAUUCCAUUCUUUUCCAAGAAAAGUGUUAGUAUGAUUUUCCUAUCUGAAGCCCUUACAAAACAUGAAGCCAUUGGCUUAAAUGGAAAACACAAGACGUUAUAAACUUAACAUGUAUUGUCAUUGUAUCAUAACACCCCUAAUUUUGUCCAUAAAACUAUGCAUUGUGAUCAUCCAUUAUAUUGAUUCUAUUUAAUGAAUAUUGUUAAUAAUAUUCACAUAAUAAUUUCAUACUGUGACAGGCGACCAUAAUUAAUAAAAUAUCCAGUAAACUUUGAUAUAUUUUGCAAUACAAGGAUAUAAAAAAAACAGCCCUGCUAAAACAGCUGGGAUAUUGAUUAAUUUAAACUGUAACUUUACCAUAAAUAUUUUAACUACAAUUUUAGUUACAUAUCAGUUUACAAUCUACUUUUAUUGAAAAGGGCAUUUAGUAACUGGAUAGAGUAAUAACAAAAACACAUACUUAUGGAAAACAGUAGUAGCUGUUUUCCAUAAGUAGGUGUUUUUGUUCUUAUUACUAUAGAUUUAUUUUUUUGUUUAAACCUCUUUAAUUAAAUUCUCAUUUUUUGUUGAUUUAUCAUCAGUAUUAUUUAAGUAAAAAAUGUAAAACUUUAUUUUGUGUGUUUUUCAAGAGUUGCAUAUUUUUAUUAAUAAUUAAAUAGUCAGUUGUGUUCCCUAGCAGAACUUUUAUUUCAGCCAUAUUUGCCUUAAAAAUUAUCCUCCAAGAUGAUCAGUGUCUCUCAUGAAAGUGUUUAGUUUUGAAUUAAGGACACAACUUUGAAUUCUUGUACACUCCAGCUAUAUAUAGUCAAAAAAAUUAAGAGCCCACUGGACUACCGGUAUAUUUUCAUUAAGAGCACAUUUGACUAUGUUUUCACCUUUGAAGUUUCGAUUAAUUUAGGUAUUACAAUAGUUUCAAGACAAAAAAAAUAAAGCUUUACCAAAGAUUUUGACUUUUGGGUUUCGUCUAAGGUGAAAACUAAUUAGAUUAUUGAUCACAUUAUUAUUAUUGUAUCAUCCUACAUUGUAUAUUAUUCCCAUGGUAUUAAUUAUAACUUAGAUAUUCAUCUCUUCCUAGUCUGUAUUCAAGCAUGUGUAUAUAAUAUAUAUUGAUUAACAACAACUGAAAAAAAGAGAAUUUUGAAUCACCA